AUGGCAGAAGAGACAGUUGCCCAUCUAGCCAGGAAGCUAUCCUGCCACAGUGUAAAGAAUGAGCAGGGGGAGCCCACCAACCCCUUUUUGGGGUCUAAUAACCCUUUGCUUGACCCAAAUUCUCCAAGUUUCAGCGCCAGAACAUGGCUCAAAACCAUACUGAGUAUUACCUCGCGGGAUCCUGAGCGGUAUCCAGCUAGGACAGCCGGUGUUGCGUAUAAAAAUCUAGCAGCUCAUGGAUUUGGCGAGCCAACCGAUUACCAAAAGACUUUUGGUAAUUAUCCUCUUGAAGUACUGGGAUUUUGCAAGAAGCUCUUGGGAUCAUCUACUCAGAAGAGAAGAAUUCAGAUCCUGAGGGACAUGGAUGGUCUAGUCAAGAGCGGCGAGAUGCUUCUUGUCCUCGGACGGCCGGGAAGGCAAACCAUAUCUGGCGAGACUGAAGGUUUUUUUCUUGGUGCAGAAUCUGAUCUCAAUUACCAAGGCAUUUCCAAGGAGAUCAUGCACAAGGACUUCCGAGGAGAGUCUAUCUACCAGGCAGAAGUCGAUGUUCAUUUCCCUCAACUGACCGUAGGUCAGACUUUGGACUUUGCUGCUCGGGCCCGGGCUCCUCGCAAUCGCUUACCUGGAGUGACUCGAGAUAUGUAUGCCAGCCAUCUCAGAGAUGUCGUUAUGGCAAUUUUCGGUCUUAGUCAUACUAUGAAUACGAUGGUUGGUAAUGACAUGGUUCGAGGGGUCUCUGGUGGUGAAAGAAAGCGUGUCAGCAUUGCAGAAGCUGCAAUCGCUGGAAGUCCUCUUCAAUGCUGGGAUAACUCCACAAGAGGGCUCGAUAGCGCCACUGCUCUCGAAUUUGUAAGAACUUUGAGAACGUCUACAGAACUGACCGGGGCUGCUGCUGUCGUUACACUUUUCCAGACUUCUCAGUCAAUAUACAACGUCUUUGACAAAGUUGCGGUACUGUAUGAAGGUCGCCAGAUAUACUUCGGCGACAUCAACGCAGCCAAGGGAUUCUUCGUCGACAUGGGCUUUGAAUGCCGACCACGACAAACAACAGGAGAUUUCCUCACCUCUCUGACCAAUCCAGCAGAACGACUAGUCCGCCCAGGUUUUGAGGGCACUACUCCUAGAACACCGGACGAAUUUGCUGCCAUAUGGCAGAAAAGUCAAGAUCGAGCCCUUUUGCUCGGGGAAAUUGAUACAUUCAACGCGCAAUAUCCUAUCGGUGGCCCCUCGCUUACUGAGUUCAGAGAAUCCCGAAAAGCUUCGCAAGCAAGAUCACAGCGCGCACAGUCACCAUACACUCUCUCGGUGCCAAUGCAGGUCAAACUAUGCAUGGGAAGAGGCUACCAAAGACUUUUAGGUGCCAUGGACGUCACAAUCACUAGUAUAAUAUUCAAUGCCAUUCUAGCAUUAGUUAUUGGCAGCGUGUUUUAUAACCUACCAAACAACACAGCUACUCUGUAUAGCAAAGGGGCUUUGAUCUUCUUCGCCGUCUUGUUGGCCGCUUUUGCAAGCGCUUUAGAGAUUUUGACCUUAUACGCCCAACGUCCGAUUGUCGAGAAGCAAUCAAGAUACGCCUUUUACCAUCCCUUUACUGAAGCAAUAUCAUCGAUGAUUUGCGAUUUGCCGAAUAAGAUUGGUACUUCUAUUGGAUUCAAUCUUGCCUUAUACUUCAUGACCAACCUGCGGCGCACCCCUGGCCAUUUCUUUAUCUUCUUGCUGUUCAGCUUUUCUUGCACACUAACAAUGUCCAUGUACUUUCGCUGCAUCGCUGCACUGUCCCGUACAUUUCCCCAGGCAAUGGCUCCGGCUUCCAUUUUCAGUCUGGCACUCGUCAUCUAUACCGGUUUCACGAUCCCUGUCAACGACAUGCAUCCCUGGUUUCGCUGGCUCAACUAUCUCAAUCCAGUUGGAUAUGUCUUUGAAUCUCUCAUGAUCAACGAGUUCCACAACCGCAAAAUUCCUUGCACCCGGUAUAUUCCUGAUUAUCCGGAUGCUUCCCCGGACCAGAAGAUCUGCACCACAACCGGAAGUUUAGCAGGGGCAGACUUUGUGGAUGGAGACACCUAUUUAGCCGUCAACUUCAACUACAGCGCUGACCACCUGUGGAGAAAUUUUGGCAUCAUUCUAGGGCUGAUGGUAUUCGGCUGUGUCUCCUACCUUGUGGCUUCGGAGUAUAUUCUAGCCGAGAAGUCCAAAGGGGAAGUGUUGCUUUUCAAACGAAGAGACAUGCCUAAACUUCAGAGCAAGUCUGAUGAGGAAGGCAAGAGUGAUGAUAGACUCGACUCACAGAUUCUAAGUCAAGAGAAGGGCAUUGUUCUUCCUAGUGGCAUUCAACAACAAACGGCAGCGUUCCAUUGGGACGGAAUAUCCUACACUAUCAAAGUCAACAAGGAAGACCGCCAGCUUCUUAAUGAGGUUGACGGGUGGGUGAAGCCUGGAACACUAACUGCAUUAAUGGGAGUGACGGGUGCAGGAAAAACCACGCUGCUUGAUGUCCUUGCUAACCGCGUCACAACGGGCGUUGUCAGUGGCGAGAUCUUAGUAGACGGCCACCUCAGAAAUGGGGGGUUUCAAAGAAAAACUGGCUACGUACAGCAGCAAGAUUUGCAUCUUCCCACUUCCACUGUCCGAGAGGCGUUGACAUUCAGUGCCCUUCUCCGCCAACCAAACUCAACCCCAAAAGCCGAGAAAAUCACCUAUGUAGAUGAAGUUCUGAAGCUUCUCGAAAUGGAGACAUAUGCAGAUGCUGUUAUUGGGGUACCAGGAGAAGGUCUAAAUGUUGAACAAAGGAAGCGUCUCACUAUCGCGGUCGAGCUUGCUGCGAAACCUGCUUUGUUACUCUUUCUUGACGAACCAACCUCCGGUCUGGAUAGUCAAACUGCUUGGUCUAUUUGUACCUUGCUAAGAAAGCUUGCCAACAACGGGCAGGCCAUUCUUUGCACCCUCCAUCAACCUUCGGCUAUUCUAUUUCAGGAAUUCGACAACCUUCUCUUCCUUGCUAUGGGCGGCAAUACCCUUUAUUUUGGAGAGAUCGGCGCUUCAUCAAAGACCUUGAUAAACUACUUCGAACGUAACGGAGCUCGAGAAUGCCUUCCGGACGAAAAUCCAGCUGAGUGGAUACUAGAAGUUACUACGGCGGCCCCGGAAACAGAAUCUCCCAAGCAUUGGCCAAGUACCUGGAGAAACUCGGAUGAGCGUCAAGCGAUCAAGGCCAAACUUGCCUUAAUGAAGGAAACCGGGGCGCAGCGACCCGUGUCCAUCAAUAAGAGCGAACUUGAGCCAUUCGCCAAUCCCUUCAAUAUUCAGCUCAAGGCUGUUCUCGUCCGAGCCUAUCAACAAUAUUGGCGCACCCCUUCAUAUCUAUACUCCAAGGUUGCUCUUUGCCUCUUCAGUGCCCUAUUCAUCGGCUUUUCGUUCUGGAAAACUCCAAACACGCUUCAGGGGCUCCAAAACCAGAUGUAUGCGGUAUUCAUGCUGCUAACGAUCUUCGUAAACUUUUGCACUCAGAUCAUGCCCCAUUUUGUGACACAGCGUGCGAUCUAUGAGGCACGCGAGAGGCAAUCCAAAACAUACUCUUGGAAGGUGUUUAUUCUCUCGAAUAUUGUCGUUGAACUCUCAUGGAACUCGCUCGUUUCCGUUCUCAUCUUCUUCAGCUGGUACUACCCCAUUGGAUUGCAACAAAAUGCGUCAGAGGCAGGGCAGGUAACCGAGAGAGGAGGCUUAAUGUUCCUCUAUAUCUUGGAAUUCAUCAUCUUCGCCGGCACCUUCACGCACAUGGCUAUUGCUGGUGUCGAGACAGAAGAUGGAGCCGGUGCCAUUAUCAAUCUUCUAUUCUCUUUUUCCCUAGUUUUUUGCGGUGUUCUGGCAACGCCCGAAGCUCUUCCAGGGUUUUGGAUUUUCAUGUACAGGGUCUCGCCGUUUACUUAUUUAGUAUCUGGCAUUCUCUCGACUGGACUCGCAAAUGCGCGGAUCAAGUGCUCAUCAGAAGAACUUUUACGCUUCUCCCCUCCGUCGUCAUCAAACUGCUCUGAGUACCUCGCAGCUUACAUACAAGACAAUGGCGGCUACCUCACGCCAGCGAGCGCAAAUUCUACCACUGAAUGUGUUUUUUGUUCUGGCAGCGAUACCAACAUAUUCUUAAAAUCUGUAAGCUCAGAUUACAAUGAUAGAUGGAGGAACUUUGGCAUCUUCUUAGUCUAUAUUAUCUUCAACAUUGCAGCAGCAAUUGGGUUUUACUGGCUUGCUAGAGUACCAAAGGGCAGGAAGGAGCCGGUUAGCAAGGCAGGGCAACAGACCACAGAGAAAAAGAAGUCUGCAAGCUCGCCCACUAGCGCUGGGAGCUCUUCAAUGUCUCUAAGGUAG